AUGGUCAACACCUUACGCUCUUGGCUGUUAUUAACAGCAACAGCAACAGCUGCCUUAGCAGCAAGUGUUGAGUUCUUACCUCGUGCUGCGAGUAACCAUACCAAUGUCACGCUUCCUCUCUCAAAAUGUCCAGGCUACAAAGCUUUUAAUGUCAAGACGACAUCAUCAAGCUUUACUGCAGAUCUGACUCUUGCUGGACGUGCGUGUAAUACUUAUGGUACAGAUUUGACAAAAUUGACCUUGAAAGUGGUUUACGAGACAGAUGAUCGGAUUCAUGUGGUCAUCCAGGAUCCUGCCAACUAUGUUUACCAAGUUCCGGAAUCAGUCUUCCCGCGCCCUGCUGAAUCAACAGUUAAUUCCAAUGAUGCCAAAAUCAAAUUCCAUCACGUUAGCUCGCCAUUCUCAUUCUCAAUUACACGAGCAAAAACGGGAGAAGUCUUGUUCGAUACAUCCGCUUCAAGUCUUGUUUUCGAAUCGCAAUACUUAAGAUUGAGAACGAAAUUGCCUUCAAACCCAAAUCUUUAUGGUCUUGGUGAACACUCCGAUCCGUUUCGUCUGAACACCACCGAUUACAUUCGCACACUCUGGUCUCGUGAUGCUUAUGGAACUCCCGAAGGUACCAAUCUAUACGGAAACCAUCCAGUAUAUUUUGAGCACAGGACUGGUGGCAUCCAUGGAGUUUUGUUAAUGAAUUCUAAUGGCAUGGACAUCAAGAUCAACAAUACCAAUGGAAGAAACCAGUAUCUCGAGUAUAAUACUCUUGGUGGUGUAUUGGACUUCUAUUUUCUUGCCGGACCUGACCCAAUUGUUCUCUCUCAACAAUAUGCAGAACUUGUUGGCUUGCCUACAAUGAUGCCUUAUUGGAGUUUUGGAUUUCAUAAUUGUCGUUACGGUUACCAGGAUGCCUUUGAAGUUGCGGAGGUCAUUUACAACUACUCGAAAGCGGAAAUUCCAUUGGAAGUUAUGUGGACAGAUAUUGAUUAUAUGGAUGCGCGAAAGGUUUUCACUCUCGACCCUGAGCGUUAUCCAUUGGAUAUGAUGCAAGAUAUCAAUCAUUAUCUCCACGACCAUGAUCAGAAGCAAGUCCUGAUGGUUGAUCCAGCCGUCCCAUACCAAGAUUACCCUACUUAUCAACGUGGAGCUGUCGACGAGGUAUUCCUCAAGCGUGAUAACGGAUCUUUUUGGCUUGGCGUUGUAUGGCCUGGAGUGACCGUAUUCCCAGAUUGGUUCGCCAAAGGUGUAGCAAGUUAUUGGAGCAAUGAGUUUUCAAUAUUCUUCGAUCCGACCAAUGGUGUUGAUAUCGAUGGACUCUGGAUUGAUAUGAACGAACCUUCAAGCUUUCCAUGUUACUUCCCAUGCGACAAUCCUUACGCAUCAGCAGUAGGGUUUCCCCCGGAGCCGCCAUCAAUUCGAACACCACCACGUCCAUUACCUGGUUUCCCAUGUGCAUUCCAGCCUCCUGGAACCACAAAUUGCACAGAUGCAAGCAAGCGACGAUCUAUCUCGGACAGAAGCGCCAAAUGUACCAUUGAAGCUCAAGAGAUUUUCGAGAGACAGGCACCUGGACAGCAACAAGGCUUGCCCGGACGCGAUCUACUAUACCCCAAAUACGCCAUCCACAACGCGGCCGCAUAUAUCCCCUCAUGGAAUGCCGCCGAAGGAGGAAUAUCCAACCAAACCGUUAACACAGACGUAAUCCAUCAAAACGGACUCGCCAUGUACGACACCCACAACCUCUACGGUUCCAUGAUGUCCGUCGCCUCCCACACCGCCAUGGCCAACCGUCGCCCUAACGAUCGUCCCCUUAUUAUAACCCGCAGCACUUUCGUCGGCGCCGGCACCAAAGUCGGACAUUGGCUUGGUGACAAUUUUAGCGAUUGGCUUCAUUACCGUAUGUCUAUCCGCGGCAUGUUAGCCUUUGCAUCCAUCUAUCAAAUACCCAUGGUAGGAGCCGACGUAUGCGGAUACGCCGAUGAUACCAACGAGCAACUCUGUGCUCGCUGGGCUAUGCUCGGUGCUUUUACGCCCUUCUAUCGAGACCACAACGCCUACCCCCCAACGAUCAGUCAAGAAUUCUAUCUCUGGCCCUCCGUCACCGCAGCCGCUAAAAAAGCUAUCGACAUUCGCUAUCGUCUUCUAGAUUACAUAUACACGGCGCUCUAUCGGCAAACUCUAGACGGUACCCCACUCAUUAACCCCAUGUUUUACCUCUACCCACACGACCCCGCCACAUUCGCAAUCGAAAGCCAAUAUUUCUACGGCCCCGCAAUCCUCGUCUCACCCGUCAUGGAAGAGGAUUCCUCAACCGUGGAUCUCUAUCUCCCCCAAGACAUCUUCUACGAUUUCUACACGCACGCUCCUAUCCACGGACACGCUAAUACAAUUUUAAUCAAAGAUCAAAAUAUCACAGAUAUACCACUUCACUAUCGAGGUGGUAUAAUCGUCCCUCAACGUAUCGAGAGCGCAAUGACGACAGCGGAUGUCCGUACCAAGAAUUUCGAACUCAUAGUUCCGAUAGGAAAGGAUGGGAAGGCGAGGGGUGAAUUGUAUUUAGAUGAUGGGGUUAGCACGGUGCAGAAGGAAUUUUCACUGAUAGAGUUUGUGUGGGAUGGGGAGACGUUGGAGGCUGGGGGGCAUUUUGGUUUUGAUGCGGGAGUUAGUAUUGAGAGGGUGGUUUUCUUGGGGUUGAGUGGGGGUGGGGGGAAGGGGGGUUAUAGUGCGGAUGCGGAUGUAAGGGUAGGGAGUCAGGGGGAUGUGGUGGUUGAGGUGGGGAAGAUGUUGAGUGGGGGGUUCUCGGUUAGGGUGUAG